UCUGACCGCUGACUGUAUACGAGAACUGGAGUGGGAAAACGUGUGACAUCAACAAAAACGUCAGUUCAGUCGCCAUUUCCCCGCCAUACACGCGCCGCCAUGUCGCAGACAAACGACGGCAGUAAACAGCGAUUGAUCUGAGUUGGUCUAAGUCAACAUAUCUAUGGCAACCGCUCUAACCAAUCAGGAGUGAGCUUGUUAAAAGUCCACACCCCUACCACUGGAAGUGGGCUCGGGAGAAUCUGUCAAACGUGAGAUUCCGUACUUUUAUUGAGGCAUCUGAUUGGAAAGUUUAUAACUUAAAUAACUUGUAUUACAGAAAAAAUUAGACAUUUUGAAGGGUCUAGAUCAUGCUAUUCUUAAGCCUUUUAUAGUAAACCAUAUCCAUAUAUAUGAUUUAUUACCUUUGACACUAAAUGAUUUUUAGAAAUGUAAUAUUCGUUUUCACAAGCUAUUUUCAAACCUGGAAGAUGACAUGAUCUUCGAGGCUCCGCCUUUCUCUCCUUGUGGGUUCCGCCCAUUUCAUGACAUCAUCCUAGAGCCGACAUCAGCAGCGUGUCUGUGUUUUGCCCACGAAAACAAACAUGCAGACUUUUACAAGGAUGGAUGUUCAUAUUGUGCAUAGAAAAGGAGCUCCAUGGAGAAAGUGGGCGUGUGUUAUUUUGGGGGCGGGGCUGGCAGUUCAAACUCUUCCUGGAAGGGGCUGUUCCUCACUUUGUGACAUCACAAUGUGAGAACCUGCUCGUUUUUGUGGAUUCGAGGGUCUGGUGCUCAGAGAGCAGGGUUAUAUAGGAAUACUUGGAAAUGCAUGAAUUGAUCAAAAUACACUUAAAAGCUCAAAAAACAGAUAUAAACCUGUCCAAAUUAAUAUUAAUAUAAUACUGCAUGAUAUAAACCUUUUAAAAUAGUACCGAGCAUGUGUCAGAAUCCCAUUAAAAUCCACAGUACAAGAUUGUCCCGCAUUGAGUCUUUUAGGGGUUAGAGAGGGAAAUUGGGACAUAGCAAAAAUAGUCUAGCUGUCAUUCUUAAAGAACUUGUCUAUAACAUCACAUGGUCAGAAUAGUUCUACCAUCAAAUUUGGCUUCUCUCUCCACCAUUCUGCACCCAUUCUCGUCCACAUACGUUAUGGGAACUUUCUCCUCUUUGGUCUUCCACAAAAACCCCGAAACUCAAGUUGAUCGCUGAUCUCCAUAUCUCCACCUCCAUGCUUCUCACUCGGCUCCGUCUGCCUCAGAACCACAAGGGCAGAGCUUUCGGUUUUCUUGAUCCUCGACUCCUGGAUUCUGUUCUAUCAAACAUUGGAGGCGUCGGUUCCCUUCCUGUCUCAGAAAAGCUUUUUCUGUCACCUUUCCUCAAUGUGUUUGAGUUUAGUCCCCGCUGCCUCCUGUUUUGUUACAGAACUUGUUGAUGGUGCACUGCUAUACUAGUAAGAAGACCAUCAGUGAACUGAUGUUCCUGUCUUGGUUUAAAACAGAUAGCAGGUAGGAGUAACUUACCAGUGGACAUUUAGUGUAUCUCCUGUUAACUGGUGAGGUUUUCAAGCACCCUAACCCCUAAACAGUAGACGUUUUGCAUCUCACUAGUGAAAUAUUGGCCUUUUGUGUUCCUGGUUAACUUUUAAAUUGUUGCAACUGCUUUUGCACAUUAUCAGUUAACUGGUAGUGCAUACCUACAGUUAUGGAACAUAUGCAAUGAAUACAGUAAAACCACAAUGAUCUGCGUUUUGCAUGUUUAUUCUGUUUCAUUGAAGACAUUUGUGAAAAUGUGGAACCAUUGACUGUAUUAGAGUCUUAUACAGUCAUUGGGUUAGCUUAGGUUAGCUAAAACAAAUUUAGAGACUAUUUAAACAUUUAAGACAGUAAUUCUUGGAAGUUUGCAAUAUUUGUUUUUUGUUUUUAAAGGUAUUAAAGUCCCACAUUGAUCGUCUUUUGAUCGACCGUCAAAGUUUUCCCACUGGUCUUUUAAUCACGAUGAUGCCAUUUUUAGACAAAAACCUGACGUUUUGUAUUAGGACAAAGUUUCUGCAGAGCAGCAGGAGUUCACUAGGAAUUCACCUCUGAGUUGUGGGUGGGACUGCUGGUGCGGAGCAAGCCCGCUCCCACAUCCCGUCGCCCAUCUGUUUACAUGCUCUAAUGCUAGCUUACAGUCCCUCACAACUCCAAGCUAACAUUACUGGUGCAACAAAAAUGAGGAGCAAAACCCGCAUUUUCAUUAGGGUAUUUUAAAAGGAAAUUGGUCAAAAAUAUUAGAAAAAUGUAGUUACGUUGUUUGAUUUAAAACUAUUAGAUAAAAGGUCAUAACACUGACCUCCACACACGCCACACACUCUCCGGUAAUGAGGGGAGAAAGUGAGGAAGGGAUUGAGACCAGUCUCACACGAGCCUGUAAGGGUUAGGAUCCCAUGUUUCCUCACACCAACCUUUACUUAUUCUGUUUUCCAUUAAAAUUAUUAUUAUUAAAACUCAGGUUAUUAUUUAUCCACAGAACACCUCUGUCACCAACCCAUCACUUCCAGAGUAAAAGUCCACACAAUUUCAGAACACACUCAAAAAAUUACAACAGUUACUCUUUCAUACUACAACAAAACAGACCAGAUUCUUGGAUGUUUAUAUUUUUGGUUUCCUUUUUUUUCUUUAUUUUUAAUUGAAGAAAAAAAGUAUACAGUCACUAUAUGAUGAACAAUAUUAGUUUAGACAGAGAGGGCUUUCAAACACUCAAACCAAAACCUGUACAUAUAUUGACUUUUUAAUGCUUUUUUUUUUUUGUUUGUUUAUUUAAGUCUCUUGUAUGGUUAAUGGAGGAAACAAAACCACUGUAAAGUGGACAAAAGCAGGUCUCUGGUUUAAUACACAAAAUCACAUUUGUGAAUGUAAUAUUUUUCCCUUAUGAUUAAUGAAUUUAUUUAAGAAUAUUAUUUUAACUGCUUUAUAAAGAAACAAUGUUUAUCUUUUUUAAAGAAAAGUCCUUGAAGAUCAAAAUAACGGAACUGCUAAAGUCUUUCCAAAAAGUCUUUGAAUGUGAGCUGAUCCAGAAGACGUGAUGGACUGUCUUGGGCCGGUCCUCCCAAAUGGAACAUUAAUUUAUGUCUCUGUUUUGUUUAUGUUUACAGUAUUUAGCCCGUAAAUAGUUGUUUUUAAAGUGUAGCCGCGGCCGGCUCGGAUGUGACGCAUUACUGUUUCCGGUCUGGGUCGCGCGCAGCCGCUGUAGAUCCUCGUCUUUUCUCACUCGCUUGUUCGACCUGGUUCCCUCCACUUUUCAAACGGGGACACUCCGUACGUGCCGGAGAGCAGCCAGAGGAAAAUUGUGCAUGUCGUUCUCUGGAUCGCUGGGAUGCCUCUGGAGGUCAGAUGGCCAUUCCCUCAGCCCCCUCCCCUGGCUUGGAGGAUCUCUGGCUCGCUGGUCAUGGGCAUGGUCGGCUCCUAUUCCUACUUUUGGACCAAGUACAUGAACUAUUUGACCGUCCAUAACCGGGACGUGUUGUUGAACCUGAUUGAUCACAGGCCCCCCAACACGCCACUCAUCACUCUAGCCAAUCAUCAGUCCUGCAUGGAUGACCCACACAUCUGGGGAGUGCUGAAGCUCCGACAGCUGUGGAACUAUAACAAGAUGCGGUGGACUCCAACAGCUUCAGACAUCUGCUUCACCAAAGAGCUGCACUCCAGGUUCUUCAGCCGAGGCAAGUGCGUCCCCGUCUGCAGAGGUGAUGGGGUUUACCAGAAGGGUAUGGAUUUCAUUCUGGACAAACUGAACAGAGGUGAAUGGGUGCACAUUUUCCCAGAAGGUAAAGUCAACAUGACGGAGGAAUUCAUUCGUCUGAAGUGGGGCGUGGGUCGACUCAUCGCUGAAUGUUCUCUCAAUCCGGUUAUUCUGCCGCUUUGGCAUGUUGGUUUGAGUGAUGUUCUACCGAACGUGACGCCCUACAUUCCCCGGACUGGAAAGAGAAUCACAGUCUUGGUUGGGAGACCGUUCAGCCUUAAGGAGCUGGUGGAAUCCCUUCGAGCUGAAAAGAAAAGCCAGAUGGAAAUGAGGAAGACUUUGACUGACUUCAUCCAGGUGGAGUUACAGGAACUGAAAGCCCACGCAGAGACCCUCCAUGGACAGAUGCAGACCAAAUUCUGAGUCCACCUGCCCCCCCCCACACACACACACACACAGGUGAUUCCAUCAUCCUCUGUGGGAUGCAUGCAACCUCUUUUUUUUUUUUUUUCUUAAAUCAGCCAAAGCCGUUGGUGUAAAGCAGCAUGUGUGUGCAGCACCGUGACCCCCUCCCACAGAUGAUUCUGCCCCAGUGUUUUUCAGCUUCAUGCCUGUCGGUCCUGGACGGCGCAGUUUGCCAACCUUCAGUGCCUAAGCAGGAUUUGGAGCUAAGGAGGGGUUUUUAUUAAGAUUUUAGUCUUGCUUUGAGCCCACUGAUGCACAGCAUGUGGGGUUUGAUCCCCCGAUCUUCAAGACAGAUGAAGACUACCUGCAGCUUGGGUUUGAUUUUUUUUUUUUAGAGACUGUUGUGCUGGAUGAACAGUCUCUGACGGUUUGGGACACCAGCACACGCUCAUUUUCUCCAUCUCUAACCUUCAUGGAUGUAAAUGUGCAGAAGAAACUUCUGUUGACUGUAAACACGCUCAGGCAGGUAGAAAUCCUCAAAUCCAUUUCCACUUUAAUCUUGAUGCUUUCACUUCAAAUGUUGAUUUUCUUCACACUGGAUUAAGAUCAUAUUCAGUUAUUUGAUUUAAAAUGAUGGCAAAGGAUCUCUGCUUACUUGUGACAGGAAGGAAAUGCCUUUCUUCAGAUAGAUUUAAGUUUUUAAUCGUCGCCAAUCAGGUUUUACAGUUCUGGUUCUUUUUGCCAGAGGGGAAAAACUGUUGUGUUUUUAUUUUGGAAUCUGUUUGUUUCAUUUGAACUCACUACAGUGGUUUGCCAUUCUGUCCUUCUCCAUGUAAAUCCUAAUAAAGUAUUUAAAUUUUUCAAAUGCA